AUGGGUUUAUGCGGGUUCAAUUGUGGUCCAUCAACACUAAAUAUUUCAGAAAUGAGAUUAAAAUAUCAUUUAGACACUAUAAGGAAACAAAUGACACGCGUAUUACAAGAAUAACACGCAAAAAAGAUCAAAAAAACGGAAAUUUGACUCCCACAAAAGUCUACGAAAUGAACAAUUCAUUAUAAAUCAAAUGUUUUUUCAUCAAGAACAAACUAUUAUGUAACUAGAAUAAUAAUACAACAAAGAAAACAACAAAAAAUAAUCAAAAAAAGAAGAGCGGAACACGCAGCGAAUUUAAUUUUUAGAGAUUACGGUAGGCAACUGCAAGACGGCUGUAGCUUUGGCUGUUUGCGGGACUACAAAGUCCGCAAUCGAAACAUUUGAAAUUUUUCUCCCAUUCUCUCGUUAUUUUUUUAAUUGUUUUUUUGUCGUUUUUUUGUGUUUUUUUCUUUAUUUUUCUUUGUUUCAGGGCCAAUACUCAUGCUGUCGUCACCGCGGGGAACGUCAUUUAUGCAGUUGGCGGCUUCAACGGCAACCAGUUCCUCAACACGAUCGAGUUGAUGGAAAGCGGUAUGUUUUAUGUUUUUCUUUUUUUGUAUUUGAUAACUACAUUAUGUUAUAUUAUUUAAAUAUCUUCCUCUGAGUUUACUUUUACACUUUUUAAUAGUCUAGAGAACAGUAAAAACUCGAAAAAAAUUUGCUCCCUUUUUUUCAAACGCAUUUUUUUCAGUGUUUUUCAAGUUUUCUGCGUGACAGGACUCCGUUUUUUUAUUGGUUUUUUUAUGAACACUAAGUAAAAUAUUAUUUAAUGAGUUUAAUUGUGCAAAUUAAAUUAUUAUAAUCAACUUAACAGUUUUUUUUUACUUUGCAAAGUUCUAGGCAUUCGUUUUUUUAUUUUUGCGCAGAAACAUUUGGAAAUUGCGAAUAUAGUUUUAGUUUCGAAAAAUAAAAUAAAAAUCAUUAGGUGACAUGAGAGUGUUUUUUUUUUUCAGGAGUACUCGUUUGAUGAUAUCUAUGCUGGAAUUCUGGCGAAAAAAGCCGACAUCCUUGCCACUCAUAACCCGGCGUUUGUCUUCUGGACUCGCGAAACGACGAUCCAGGAAUGGAGGAGUGGAGAUUUGAUCGCUGCUCACGGCUACGACGCCAAGAAACUCAUCAAAACGUAUAAUUACCACAGAGGACUUGGCGUUCCCAUGUGAAACUUCAUUUGAUUGUUCUUUUUUGACGUUAUCAAUCCAUUAUUUGUUUGAUGCUUUUUAGAAUUUUCUGCUUUACUUACCUAACGAGAUCAAUGUAUCACCUGUGCCAACUCUCUCAUUGGGUAACAUCUUGCAAUUUCUAAACGUGUAUAUUUUGUUGCCGGUCUUUUUUUCUUGCUGGUUUUAAAACCCCCGAACGACGUAAUUUCUUGGUGCUACUUUUUGCGUGGAAUUUAUUUUUUUGUAUCCUUCGAGUUUGGGUGUCAUAGCCCUGACCAAAAAAAGAUUCAAACUCCAAAAAUAAACUAUUUUUCUGAAGAGACAUAUAAAACUGUGGGUAAAAGCUGAGAAACUCCUUGGAAAUCUUGAAAGGAAAAAUGAUCGAAGAAGGAAAGAUCAGUUAGAACUCUUUGGAAAGAAAGAAUUGAAAAAGAACUCUUACCGUAACCAGAAAGAAAAUAAAAACAGGCCGAAAUUGGACAAAAAAAGCGUGAGUAUAACAAACAAAAAAAGAAUGGAAUUCUGUAAACCUUUAUCCGAAAAACUUCAAACCUUGCACAGAACGGAUCUUUUUUUCUCGAGUUUCAGGCCAUGAUUUUUUUGUGUUGAAGAGACAGUUGUUGUUUGAAUUGUAAGAACCUGGAGAAUCUCCGAAAUGUGAAUGAUACACGUUCAUUAUGUAGUUUUUCUAUAUUUUUUUGUCAUUAUUAAAAUGAAUCCAAUCUCAUUAUACAUUUAUUUUUCCUCGUUUUUUUCAUUUUUUUCAAAUACACCUUUAAGUAAUUUUUUUGCUCUUUACGAUGAAUGAAAAAAAUCUUUGAAAAUUCUAAGAAUUUGGAAUUUUUCGCAAGUUUCUGAAUGGAUUUAUUUUUCCGUAACCUCAUCAUAAGAGGAAAAAUAUUUCUUAUUGCAUGAGAUAGCCUUUUGAAAAAUUGCAAACUCAUAGUUCAAAUUUUUUUAAGUCUUUUUUUUGGUCGGAACGAUUUGAUUUUUGCCGUUUGUGUAAUUUUGUCGCGUGAUUCUACCGUUGUUAAUUUUUUUCACUUCUCCUUUUAAAUCAACUCAAUUUGCAGUAAACGAGAAAGAUGGCCAGGAAAUCUGCAUCGAAACGUCUCCAAGCUGAGAAAGAAAGGCGAAGGCUGAAGAAACCGUCGAAUUGCCACCGAAAGACGAGUCUCAAGAUCUUGUUGAUGGACUGAACACCAUGUCUAUUCAAAGUGGUGAGUCAAGAUUUCUUAAUCUAAUAAACAAAGUUAUAUUUAUUUUUCUGAAACGAAAAAAACUUGCGUGGAAAACUUUCAAUUGGAAAUGUUUCAGAUCGCGCCGAGACUCGUAUGAAGACCAGCUCUUCGUGGAACUUGAAGGCCGCUCCAUUCACGCCGUCAUCUGAGAAGAAUACGAAGGACAAGUCCAAAGAAGAAUCUCCGGCAGACGAGAACAAUGCCGAAUUCAGUUCUGUAUCGUACUGGGCGCCAUCGGACAUGGCUUACAGAAGACGUGAGUUUCCUUUUUUGAGUGGCUAGUAACUGAUCAAUAUUCGAAAACCACUAAAACUACCAUUUUCAGGCCUUUGGUCGCCUCCACCCAAGAAAGUUUCUGAUGACAAAAAGGCUUCCAAGGGUAAGUUCUUCUUAUACUUUUGAAUGAAAUAUAAUUAUUUCUUGAUGAAAACGAAUUUUAAUCUUUUUCGUGAUGGAAAAAAACUACUUAUUCGAAAAAAAUAACGCGAAAUAAUUUUAGAAUCUCUUCCUGCGCACGGUUUGAACACGACGACAGAUGAGCCUCGAGGCAUUGACGCGUCGCUCAAUAGGUCGAUGGAUUCGCGAGUUCAAUCGGUUCAAGACCUUUCUCAACAAGUUAGUUUCUGUUACAUUGGAAUAAAUAAAUGACAAAGUAAUCGUAUAAGUGGGAAAAAAAGUCGUAAGAAGAUAUCUUGGCCACGGGGGGCUAAGGAAGAGUAACCAUAGAAAGCCGAAAAAGUAGCUCUCGACAGAAUUUCAUCCUAGAAAUCGCCAGUAUUAAGUAAAUUGGAAUAACAACUCGAACAAAAUUAUCAUAUCGACAAAGAAAUUUAAGAAAAACUUUCAGAAAACCUUCGGUCGCCUACGAACGUCUGCGCGUGAGCGUCGUCUUCCAAGGAAAAGGUAGACUUUUUAUCAUUUUUCUCUUCGAAAGAACUGAAUUUUUCAGUCUUGGGACCGGUCAACUUCACUUUGAACUGUAUUCAAAAGAUCUCCGGGUGCAAAAUUCGAUUGAACGCUGCUUACCUUCGUCCAAGAACGGCUUUCAACUUUUCACUUGAUCGGAACCCCGGUGAGUUAUUUUUGUACUGCAAUCUAGUUUCCUUUUGCAAUAAUUGUUCUGCAACUUUGAUAUAACUUAACGAUCUUUUUUUAUUUCUAAAUAUAAGUUUUUGUUUUUCAGGAAAGUAUUCAUCACGCCAAGUCGCUCAUUGUAGAGUUCAUCGAAUUCGAGUGCUACAAACAUGGAAUUUCUUACUUUGUGAGUUUCUUUACACACAUUUUCGAUUGAUGAUAAUCAAAUUUCUUUCAGAUCUAUCCGUCGGGAGAGAUUGCUCCGGAUUUCAAAACGUGGCUGAAUUUCCCGUCUAUGAUACUAACACAGAAGUCGUCGACGCGGAAGAUGUCCCGAACUUCAACGGUUAUCCCUGAUUUCGCGGCCAACUCCGAUCAGAACGUCGUCAACAAUACGAACUUCAACGGUUAUCCCGAUUUCGCGGCCAACUCCGAUCAGAACGUCGUCAACAAUACGAACUUCAACGGUUAUCCCGAUUUCGCGGCCAACUCCGAUCAGAACGUCGUCCACAUUUCGAACUUCAACGGUUAUCCCGAUUUCGCGGCCAACUCCGAUCAGAACGUCGUCCACAUUUCGAACUUCAACGGUUAUCCCGAUUUCGCGGCCAACUCCGAUCAGAACGUCGUCAACAAUACGAACUUCAACGGUUAUCCCGAUUUCGCGGCCAACUCCGAUCAGAACGUCGUCAACAAUACGAACUUCAACGGUUAUCCCGAUUUCGCGGCCAAACUCCGAUCAGAACGUCGUCCAGAUUUCGAACUUCAACGGUUAUCCCGAUUUCGCGGCCAACUCCGAUCAGAACGUCGUCAACAAUACGAACUUCAACGGUUAUCUUGAUUUUGCGGCCAACUCCGAUCAGAACGUCGUCAACAAUACGAACUUCAACGGUUAUCCCGAUUUCGCGGCCAACUCCGAUCAGAACGUCGUCCAGAUUUCGAACUUCAACGGUUAUCCCGAUUUCGCGGCCAACUCCGAUCAGAACGUCGUCCACAAUUCGAACUUCAACGGUUAUCCCGAUUUCGCGGCCAACUCCGAUCAGAACGUCGUCAACAAUACGGACGUCAAUGGGUAUCCUGUAUAUGCAGUACAGAACAAUGUCUACGACAUGAACUACAAUCCAGUCACGCCGCAAAACAAGUAAGUCUUUUUUGAACAGUUUCCAACCACACAAAUUAACGCUGCUUGUCGGAAAGAGACGAGGCAGCAGGAUGAUUGAACAAAAUUUGUUUAUGAGCGAGAAAGAAAAGAUUAAGCUUUACAGUGUCACAAACAAAUGAAACUUGAUCGAAACAGAAAUUUUUUCUUCAGUAUUUCAAUUUGUUUUCAGCCACCCGGACGUCAAUGUGUACAACGCUUUGGUUCCAAGUCCUACAAACGUUGUUUCUCCUAUGAUACAUAGGUAUCUUUGAACUCAUUUCUUUUUUUGCCAUAGAAAACAUACGUAAAAGUUCUCAGAGCACGUAUACGACUCAUGAUCUAGUUAAACUUUCAAAUAAAAAAUAACUAUUUAUUUCAGUUUUGGCCCGGUGCCGACCGUCGGAAACCCUGAAGUCGUCUAUUCUUCUGGUUCACUUCCUGUAAAUGUCUAUUUUCCUGCGACGUCCCCAAGUUUCCUUCCAGCUUCAUCUUCUCCGUCACUGGCUCUGUGGUAAGUUGAAAGGACCUCAUGAAAAAUUUCUCGAAAUUGAAAAAAUGUUUCUCCUCUCUGAAAAAGAAUCCCUCUAAAGACAAAACAUGAAUCACAAAAGGCUUGAAAAAGCUGAUGGUAACGAUUUAUUUUCAGCCCUGUACACAGUCCUGAGCUGACUUUCCAUCGCAACCACUGUCCUAACGCCCAUCACACUUGUGUCCAUCAUUGCUGUGCUCACAGGUAUGUCUUCACUUUUCAAUUAGGGGAGCUUCAUCUCAAAAUCACGGAAGUGUCUUCGAAAACUUUGAAAUUCUGAUCCGUUCCAAUAAAUAAACAAACGUUUUUCAGCUGCUGUCACUGUCGCCACAGGCACUGCUGCAACCACCGCGCUUGCUGCCAUCACUGUUAA